AUGGAACACCAGCUGUACGUGAAGGCCGAGAAGCGCGAAUUUCACCAACGCACUAUCACGUUUUUGAGGUAUGUCAUCAGUCCGGAGGGGGUCGCCAUGGACCAAAGCAAGGUGAGGGCGGUGGUGGAGUGGCCCACGCCCCGAACCGUCGAGGAGCUGCAACGCUUCCUGGGUUUUGCGAACUUUUAUCAGCGGCUCAUCCGAGAUUUUUGCAAGAUCGCACAACCCCUGACAUCCCUCCUAAAGGGGACACCUCGGUGCCUCGCCUGGACCUCUCACACCCAGGGGGCCCUGGAGAGGCUUAAGAGGGCGUUUACCACUGUCCCCAUCCUCUGA